AGAGUCGACAACUACUACACAUCUUCGUUUGUCAAACAAAUAACUUUUGUCAAACAAAUACCUUUCCUGAGAACUCAACAUGACGGUCUCAAGUGCUAGUCUCGAAGAGCAGAAUUGUAUGGAUCCAGCCGAAGCCCAGAAACCACAAGAAGUCGGAAAUGAUUCGCGGAACGAGACCGGUUCACGAGCGGCGAACCUCAAUAGUUGGAAUAAGAACUCGAACUUCUGGGACACGAUCCUCGGCGAAGGCAACGAUAUGUUCACGCAGCUCAUCCUGCCAACCAUAGAGGAGCUCGCAGAGGUGCAACCCCAUCAUCGAGUGCUGGAUCUGGGCACAGGCAACGGCAUCGUCGCCCGAAGACUUGCUCGAAGAGGCGUUGCCGUACUAGCAACCGAUUACAGCCCCCAGCAGAUCGAAAACGCCCGAAAGCGUAGUCAAGAUUUGGGUCUGGCGAUAAGCUAUGAACUCCUGGAUCUCCUGAGUCGAGAUGCGCUUGAUGCAUUUGCAGCCGAGCAUGCCGAAAUAAUCAUGGCGAACUUGCAUCCAUGUUUUCAUAAGCCCGGAGCGCAUCGCAUCGUUGAGGUCAUCGAAAAUCAAGACACUGGUGUCCAGGAAUUUCACACUUCGAUCAAAAUCUCUAAGUACCUGAAUAUUGGUCCUGUCCAGAGUCAAGCACUCCGAGGGCAGCCUGAACCACUUAGGUUCGCACUGACGCUCGGCAAGAUUUGGUUUCACCGACCCAUUCACCAACUACUCGAACCUUUCUUCGAUGCCGGUCUUCUCAUGAACAAAGUGAGAGAACCAUCUUUUGACGAUGGUGGCGAUCCCGGACAAGCACAGUCUUAUCACAAUUUCCCUCAAAUACCCAUGCAGUUCAUCUUCCGGCUUGUCAGGACCUCGUGA